GAAUAAAUAUGGAGGGACCCAUCUGUCACUCAUCUGUAGUUCUUGUUCUAAUGAGUCAUGGUGAGAAACGAGGCAUCUAUGGUACCGACUUGGAAGUUGUGACAAUUCAGGAAAUCAAGUCUAAGUUUUCUGGAAGACAAUGCCCAGCUCUCCUCGGAAAACCAAAAAUCUUCUUUAUCCAGGCAUGUCGUGGACAAAUGCGCACAAAGAGCGCUCUUGACACUGAUGAUCACAGAAGACCUUUGACAAGCGAGUUGGUGGAUGAUCCCGACAUCGAUUCUUGUUCAUCAAGAAGACCGACCGACGAUGAAAUGGAUGUUGAUGGUGAUGUCCCAGAUAACGCUGAUAUAUAUGUGGCCUACGCCACUUCCGAAGGUUAUUUUUCAAUCCGCAAUCGAGUGGAUGGUUCUUGGUUUAUACAGAGCUUAUGUGAGGAGUUGAUUGCCCACGUACACAUUGACGAUCUUGACACUAUCAUGAACAGGGUAACACGGCGUGUUAUCGGCUUUACGCGUUCUGUAGUCGACGGCGAUGGAAAGAAGAAAAAGUGGUUACAAACUCCAGAUAUAUCCAAGCAAGGCAUCGGAAAGAAGAUUUACUUCAUGCCUAACUAUCCACCUCGUUCUGAUGCCGAAUGCAGCUUGACUCAACAACCUCGUUUUGAUGCCGAAUGCAGCUUGACUCAACAACCUCGUUUUGAUGCCGCAUGUAGCACGACUCAACAACCAGGCCCAUCAUCAGAACCACAAGGGCAUUUUUCAACACAUAGCGAAUGAUUUUUUGAGAUUGCCUUGUCAAACUCUAUCACGCCUUAUCGGGAAUAUAUAGAAUAUAGUGUAGAAAAGCAACUUCUCUUUUAUCGAUCGGGGUGACCCGAAACUGGAAGCUUCAAUCACUUUCAAACCAGUGUCAGACAGACGGUUUGUCGACUCGAUCUUUGUUUCUGUCGAAACCUUUCUACCAAUAACGACGGCGGAAAAGCACACAGAUGGCCUGAGCGCCAGGCGAAUGUUUAAAUAAAGA